AUGUCGAAUAACAAGAAGAAAAUGUCCAAGAAUAAGACGAAGAGGCAGACACAGAUAGACCGUGAGGCUGCCGACCGUGCCAAGUAUCGUGAGCUGCGGAGGGAAUCAAGGCGGGCUAAACGUACUGAAAUGGCACCCUUCGCCUUCAAUUAUGAUGCUGACACCUCCAAGAAAUUGCGAAAAGAGCCAAACGCUCUCUCGCGAACAGUAUACACCACGCCCCCCUCUCUCACCACCGGCCUUACUGCGAACUCGUCCACGAGCUUAGCAAUCCCAUCUGGAGCUUUCUCACAAGUUGACACUCACGGUUCAACCCUCCCCUCCCCCUACACCGACACCGCCACUGUAGUUCAAAGUAUCGAAGUAGCCGACGCGGCGAACGAAGACGAGCAGUUGGCUCGACUAGCCACUUUUGUUGAUAUAGCAAAUCACACCGUCGUAAGACGAAGGACUAGCGCGAUGACGGAGUCGCUGGACUCCCGAGUCGGUCGCAAUGCGCGGCACCAUGGGAACACGGAACGACAAGGAGAGCAGGGCUUUGGAAUGGCGCCAAUCCAGGAGGAGGGAGAGGACGACGAGGACGAUGAGGAUAUGAUAAAGGAUGAGGAGAGCAGUGGUGGGGACGAAGCAAUGGGGAGUCUGGAUCCGGGGAGCGACGAUGGAGGGGAUGUAGGUGGUGAGGAGGGCGGGAAUGUGGCCGAAGACUGA